CAGGUCGCCCCCACGAUACUGGAUGAGCCCUCCAGUGACAGUAAUGGAAAGACUGCCGUGAAGAAGAGGCGUACUAGGGGUCGAAAACCUGCAGCCCCAGUCGCCCAGGGACUGGCGGAACAAGCCUCAUCCACACCGGUGAGCAGCAGACAGACGAACCCCACUAAGAUUAGCGAGGAGGACGCCAAUGAAUGGCGCACCGUAGUCUCUCGCAAAAAGCGAGAUAAGGAUAACACUUCGGCCACACCGCCCAAGAAGGAUAGAAACACACUUACGCCUCAGGGCAAGAAAGUCACGGAAAGCAAACCCGAUCUCUCUGACAGGUCUCUCAUUCUCCACAAAGUGGAGGAGUCACUGGCUCUCGACCCUAAGACCAGAUUCGAGCAUGACCUUAACUUGGUCAAGCCCCUUUUAGACAAGCUACUGCCACAAACAGUAUCAGGCAUUACUAUACACAGCGUAUACAGAAUAGGUCAAAAGCCUGACCCUACAGUAAGUGAACCUGUACGUCUCCUCAAAGUCGUACUAAACUCUAAAGCAGAGAGGGACGCUAUUCUAAGCAACUCUCAUAUUCUCAAAGGAUCAGGGAUAUAUGUCCGCGCUGACUUAAGCCUAGCAGACCGUGUCAAAAGACAGGCUGCGGCACUAGAAUUAAGUGAGCGACGCCGGAACGGUGAGAAGAACCUUAAGAUUAAGGGUUUUCGGGUUGUCCGAGUUCGCAGUUUAAUGAUCCCGAAACCUCUGUGGGUGGGCCGGGGAAGCACCAAUCUGAAUUAACAGUCUGCUACACAAACGCCCGCAGCCUGUUAAAUAAAAGGACUGAGCUGGCAAACAUGAUAGAAACCGGAAACCCGGAUGUAAUUAUUAUCACAGAGACAUGGCUCACACCCGAUGUCACUGACAACGAAGUUAACCUGCCAAACUUCGAAGUGCACAGGGUAGACCGACUAAACCGCAAAGGAGGGGGCGUAGUCAUCUACCUCAAGAAAGGCUUAACCGUGCGUAGUAUCGAAGCACUCGCCCACGAAAGUGAGUCGUGCGAACUUCUACGCUGCAGACUUAAAUGCAUAGGCCAAGACAUUGACCUCAUUGCUGUGUACCGCAGUCCUGACUGCAGUGCAGACGACUUCCUAAUAGAGAAGCUAGGCUCCUGGACUUCAAAAUGUCGAAGUCUCGUAGUCGGUGACUUCAACGCCCCAACAGUUGACUGGUCGAGCCUAACAACUCCAUCUUCAGUCAACUCCUUUGAUCAUAAACUGCUAGAAUCUAGUAUAUCGCUAGCCCUAGUCCAACAUAUCAUUAAGCCCACGCGCUAUGACUCACAGCACUCCUCGUCAACUCUGGACCUAGUGUUCUCACACGGUGAGGAUGUGGAUCUCAUACAACAUCUUCCUCCGUUAGGAAGAAGUGACCAUGCUGUGCUCACUUUCAAGUUCACAGCAACGGCAGCAAGGGCCAAAACCCCAGCUCGACCAAACGUUUGGAAAGCUGACAUAAAUGCGAUCGUCUCAGCAGCCAACUCAGUAAACUGGUACAUCAAUCCAGAGUCCCAAGUAGAAGCCGCAUGGAACCAAUUUAAGCAACUUUACGCCCAAGUAACUGUACCCUUCAUCCCUUGGUCUGUUCCAAAGGGUCGGAAACAUUCCCCCCCUUGGAUAAACCGGGAGAUUCGUAAGUUACUCAGACGUAAACGCAAAUGUUGGAACCUGUUUGCAACACUUGAGACUUCUGAGACCAGGGAAUUAUAUACUACUGCUAGAAAUAAAGCUAUCGCAGAAAUCCGCCAAUCAAGGAUGAAGUUCGAGACACACCUGGCCCAAAAUGCAAAGGCACAACCUAAGAAAAUUUUCUCGUACUUGAAUUUCAGGAAUAAAACACCCAAUGGUGUCCCAAACCUGAUUAUUGACAAAGAUACAAUCGAAGAAGAUCAAGAAAAAGCAGAAGCAAUGGCAAACUACUUCUCCCAAGUCUUCACUCAGGAGUCAUCACUGCCUAUAGGAUCAGCUCUGGCUGCAUCAGAAGAACAUGGGAUAGAUUCCGUUGACAUCGACCAAGGCAUCGUGCUCAACUUCUUAAUGAAACUAGAUGCAGGAAAAUCAAUGGGUCCUGACAGUCUUCAUCCAAGGCUUCUCAAGGAGCUAUCAGCCCACAUAGCCGGCCCCUUGACCACGAUCUUCAAGCUAUCUCUCCAAAAUGGAGUGUUGCCACGUGAUUGGAAAGACGCCAUAGUAACCCCCAUACACAAAGGAGGAUCAAGACAAAGCCCUUCAAAUUACAGGCCUAUCAGUCUCACCAGCACUUUAAUCAAGACACUGGAAAGAAUUAUCAAGAAAAGCAUCAUGGCUUAUCUGGAAAAUAGCAGCUUGUUAUCUGGAGCACAGCAUGGCUUCCGGAGGAACCUCUCAUGCCUGUCAAAUCUCCUGACUGCAAGAGAAAGCUGGGUCAAAUCAAAGGAUAACAGAAGACCCGUUGACGUCGUCUUCAUAGACUUCAGUAAAGCCUUUGAUAAAGUACCUCACAAAAGACUACUCAUGAAAUUGGAAAGUCUUGGUAUCAAAGGCUUUACUGAAGUCUAUGAAGACGACGUCAACGGGUCUUCUGUUAUCCUUUGAUUUGACCCAGCUUUCUCUUGCAGUCAGGAGAUUUGACAGGCAUGAGAGGUUCCUCCGGAAGCCAUGCUGUGCUCCAGAUAACAAGCUGCUAUUUUCCAGAUAAGCCAUGAUGCUUUUCUUGAUAAUUCUUUCCAGUGUCUUG